AUGUUUCGAGGCUCCAAAUUGGAGUUUCAUCUCGCUCUUGCCGUCUCCAAUAUUAGAAACCACAUUCCUAUUAUUCUUGAGAUGGAAAAAGAUCAAUAUGGUACUUGGGCCGAGUUUUUCCGCAUCCAUGCUCGCUCACAUCGAGUCCUGCAUCACAUCGUUCCAUCUAUCGGAAAAGAGCCACCAGCCAUUACCGACACCAACUAUGAACAAUGGUCCACUCUUAAUGCCACCGUUAUUCAGUGGAAUUAUUCCACUAUUUCUACCGAUUUGCUGACCACUAUUCUAGAACCCAACUCCACUGCAAUGAAAGCAUGA